CAGUACUUCCGGUGUGCGGUGACGCCUCUUUACACAGUGUGUCUGCAGGCUGUCGCAGUUUGAUCCUCUUCUCCUCACAAACAGCAUCGCUGAUAAUAAAGAACAGCAGCCAUGGCGCAGGGGCUCAAAGACAGGUUCGAGAAGUUCCUCCAUGAGAAGAACUUCAUGACAGACACUCUGGCGAAGAUAGAGGCGAAGACUGGAGUCAGCCGGACCUACAUCGCUGUGGCUGUGAUCGGGAUCAUCGCCGUGUACCUGGUGAUCGGGUACGGAGCCUCCCUGCUGUGCAACCUCAUCGGCUUCCUCUAUCCUGCAUACAUAUCCAUUAAGGCCAUUGAAAGUGCCACAAAAGACGACGACACCAAGUGGCUCACCUACUGGGUGGUGUACGGGCUCUUCAGCGUGGCCGAGUUCUUCGCCGACAUCUUCCUCUCCUGGUUCCCCUUCUACUAUAUCGGAAAGGGUGCCUUCCUGGUUUAUUGCAUGGCCCCCACCGCCUCUAAUGGAUCCAUCCUCAUUUAUACUCGCAUCAUUCGACCAGUCUUCCUGAAGAACGAAGGCAAGAUCGACGAUGCGAUGAAGAUUGUGAAGGACAAGGCGUCAGAAGCUGCUGACAAGUUCAAAGACGAGGCCAAGAGAGCCACGGCCAACAUCAUGUUCGAGGAGAAGAAGACCGAGUAAAGAGGGGGGGGUCGGACUCUGACAGGAGAAAUGUUGCCUUGUUUGUUCUUAAGAACUGUUCUUAAAUCUGAAUCUUUAUGUCACAUGUUUCAUGGAAAGCCAUUUACUUAUUUAACUCUGCCUUCUGCGGGGCUGUGAGACCUUUACACACGCCCUGAUGUGCUUUAUGACCCAAAUAAAACCCGCUCAAGUGGU